AUGGCUGAGCCAAAGAGCCUCCAGUUGACGUGCCAUGUGGUCAUCAACAUUCUCUUCGCCAUCGGUGAAGGGAGCAUUCUCCUGCGGCUCUGGACCCGAGCCGUCGUCUUGAAACAGCUGGGCUGGGAUGAUUGGGCAAUGUUGGUUUGCCUGUUCUUCAACGCCGGUCAACAGGUGGUUUUGUACAUGUUUCUCAAUCACGGCGGUGGAAAAACCAUGCAGGCCGUGCUGGCAGAUAAUCCAGAAAACCUGACGACACUGUUAAAGGUCCUCUUUGCCGAAGAAAUAUACUACAUCUGGAUGCACUUCUGGAUCAAAUUCUGCUUCCUGCUCUUCUACCUCCGGCUGGCCCAGGAAAGACGGUUUCGCAUGCUGGUCUAUGGCACUAUCGGGUUGACCGCGGCCGUCACCAUCGCCAUUUGGCUGAUAUACUCGCUGCAAUGCCACCCUUUGCAGGCAUUUUGGUAUCCGACGCUGUUCCCCGAUGCGAAAUGUCUGCCACCAAAGGUGACGUACUUUGUGCCGGGAAGUUUGGAACUCGUCCUCGAUUGCAUCAUCCUCUUCCUCCCCGUUACGGUCUUCUGGGGUCUUCAGAUGACCUGGCGCCGCCGACUCGCUGUGUAUUCUGUCAUCACCAUGGGUGGACUGGUCGUGGUCGUGUCGGGCCUCCGGCUGAUCGUGGUCAACCAGUUCGCCACCAACCCGGACUUCACGUACAUUCUCGGUCGGAUGAUCCUGAUCUCGGCUGUCGAGAUCCAGGUGGGCAUCUUCGCCGCCAACAUGCCGGGAAUCAAGGCCUUCUGGACUGUGUGGCGCAAGGGCGAGCUCACCUCAAACGGCACGAAAAAGUCCCAGGGUAGCGCAGGCGCGGUCAGUAGCGGACAGGCGCACCAGCUCGCGACCCUGUGGAACAGCCGCGCCGGUGGCGCCGACAAGAACAAGAACAAGAAGGGCGAGCAGGAGCAUAACAAGGAAAUCGACUGCGACGGCGACGGCGACGGGUCCGAGCGCCAUCUCACCCGGUCGAGGUCGUCGACUGAGCUGUCUAUGGGCGUGGGGAAGGGCCAGAUCAGCGUAGCCACCGAGUACACCGUGACGGAUGACGAGGACUUUCGCCAUCUGCGUCGCCAGUCCUACUACCACAACGCGAUUCCGGACAAUAUGAGGUGA